ACAAGCAGGAAGCUGUGUGUGAGCGCCGCUCGAGUCAAACCUCACGCGCUCAGCUCCAUUCACAAGGCUUUUGUUUAACGCCUUUAAAUGUGGAUCAAACCUCGUGAUCCAGUUAUUCCUUUUCGGACCGGUUCGAGCGUUUGGGUGGUUUUUAAUCAAUGUUCCCCGGAACGAGUGGAUCCUGGCACGAUGGGUCUGCUGUUACUAGCCAAUGUGUUGAAGUGAGCUGUCCUCUCCUACUGUAAACUCCUCCUCCUGGGGUUAAACCCCGCCUCCCAUCCAGCCAGGGAGCAGCAGUCAUGGCAGGUGUUAAGCGUGGCUAUGAUGGCAAGAUUGCUGGACUGUAUGACCUGGACAAGACGUUGGGGCGUGGGCAUUUUGCCGUCGUAAAGCUGGCACGCCACGUCUUCACUGGCGAGAAAGUGGCAGUGAAGGUCAUCGACAAGACCAAGCUGGACACGGUUGCCACAGGACACCUUUUCCAGGAGGUACGCUGCAUGAAGCUGGUGCAACACCCCAACAUUGUGCGCCUCUACGAAGUCAUUGACACACAAACCAAGCUUUACCUGAUCCUGGAGCUGGGGGACGGAGGCGACAUGUUCGACUACAUCAUGAAGCACGAGGAGGGGCUCAGCGAGGAACUGGCAAAGAAGUACUUUGCCCAGAUUGUCCACGCCAUCUCUUACUGCCACCGGCUGCAUGUGGUGCACCGCGAUUUGAAGCCUGAAAACGUGGUUUUCUUCGAGAAGCAGGGCCUUGUUAAGCUUACUGACUUCGGCUUUAGUAAUAAGUUUCAGCCCGGGAAGAAGCUGACCACCAGCUGCGGGUCUUUGGCCUACUCAGCACCGGAGAUCCUGCUAGGGGAUGAGUACGAUGCACCUGCAGUAGAUAUCUGGAGUCUUGGAGUGAUCCUCUUCAUGCUGGUAUGUGGACAACCUCCUUUCCAGGAAGCCAACGACAGUGAAACCCUCACCAUGAUCAUGGACUGUAAAUACACUGUACCGACACAUGUCUCCAAUGCCUGCAAAGAUCUGAUAAAUCGGAUGCUACAGAGGGACCCCAAGCGCCGUGCCUCGCUGGAGGAGAUUGAAAGUCAUGCGUGGCUGCAGGGAGUGGAUCCAUCUCCAGCCACCAAGUUCAGCACACCUCUGGUAUCCCACAAGAACCUUUCUGAGGAAGAACACAACUCCAUCAUCCAGCGCAUGGUGCUCGGAGACAUUGCAGAUCGAGAGGCUAUCAUCGAAGCCCUAGAAACUAACAAGUACAACCACAUCACUGCUACCUACUUCCUGCUGGCAGAGCGGAUCCUACGGGAGAAGCAGGAGAAGGAGGUGCAGCCUCGAUCUUCCAGCCCCAGCAACAUCAAAGCCCAUUUCAGGCAGUCAUGGCCGACUAAAAUCGACAUGCACCAGGACAUCGAGGACAGUUUGGCAGCUUCGUCCAUCUCACACGCAGGGGGUCCGCAGUCUCCAGCUCGGAGUGCUGAGAACCUGCUGAACGGUCACCGUAACAAAGGGCUGCUGGAGAGCAGUGGGGCCUGUAGCACUGCCGUUUAUCCUGGCCAGAUGACGUCUCUCACCCAAAGCCCUCUCAAACCCAACACCACGGCUCCUCCUGCCUCAGCCAAGCAGCGAACGUGUCUUUUCCGCGUGGAGGAGGAUGAGGAGGAAGAGGAGGAACAGGACCCGUCGCCACUCCCCACGCAGGUGAUCCUGCGCCGCAAGCCGCCAUCAGUCACUAACCGUCUGACAUCACGCAAGAGUGCACCGGUGCUCAACCAGAUAUUUGAAGAGGAAGGCGAGUCUGAUGACGACGACUUCAACAUGGAUGAGAGCCUGCCACCCAAGCUGAGCCGCCUCAAGAUGAACAUGGCAUCGCCCGGUACAGCACAGAAGCGCUACCACCGACGCAAGAGUCAGGGCCGUGGCUCCAGCUGCUCCAGCUCCGAGACUAGCGACGACGAUUCGGAGAGCCACCGCCGUCGCCUCGACAAAGAGUCAGGCUUCACAUAUAGCUGGCACCGUAGGGAUAGCAGUGAGGGCCCACCAGGAAAUUCAGGGGGCAACGGAGGGGGUGGCAGCAGCGGAGGACAGAGCAAACCUCCAGGAGAGGGUAACUCGGGACCAGACAGGGGCAGCAGUAACGGCGGAAAUGGUGGAAGUGGAAACACAGGAGAGGGAGGGGGUUCUAAAGGACAAGGAAGCCCCUCAAGCUGCUCCAGUGGCAGUAGCAACCCUGCUUCAGGCUCCACACGCACUGCAGCCCGGAGCACAGGAGAACUCAUGGAGAGCCUGAAGCUCAUGAGUCUCUGUUUAAGCUCCCAGUUGCAGCAUCGCCGAUCAGGAGGAGGAGGACGUUUCAUCAUGGAUCCACAGAGUCUCUCCAGUGUGAGAGUGCAGGAAAAGUCCUCAUGGAAGAUGUGCAUUGGCUCGAACAGCAGCCUGGAAAAGACUCUGAAUGUGGGCGGGGGGUUAAUGGACCGUUACCCGGACCAAACGGCAGCCAUGCUGAAUGAACUGGCCCUGGCCAAGGAGAACAACCUGAACUUGAAAGCCAGCGUGCUUCAGCUACCUCUGUGUGAGAAAACGAUCUCCGUAAACAUCCAGAGGAGCCCCAGGGACGGGCUGCUUUGUACAUCUGCCCAGGCCAGCUGCUGCCAGGUCAUAUGAUGGUGGAUCACAUGACCAGACCUCGUAGGCAGUUUGCUCCUAUCGCUGCAUUUGUAGCAUAACGAUUUGAAAACUCCUGUAGCUUUGUGUGAUCUUUCUCAACUUUCUGUCGUCUUAAUCAUUCUUACAACUUAUUUAUUUUUCUUGGACCUUUUGGAUUUUAUGAGGUGCACAUUGCUAGCCUUGUGUUCUGCCUCUUUGUGGGGUUGUCCUUUUUAGUCCCCCCCUUUACUGUUUGACAUGUCUUUCUCUCCUGUUGGUGAUGAAUUUCUUUCCACCAGCUUUUUUUUUUUCUUUGCAUCCCUUUUUUUUUUUUUAAAUCUCCUGAAUUGAUAAGCUCUUAAGAUGGUUUACAUGGUUUGGUUUUGACCAGUCAGACAGAACUGUAGACUUUUAUUUAAUGAUUAAAUUUGAAUAUUUAAUAAAGAGAGAGAAUUAUGACAAAGUGUGACAGAGUAGCACCUGGUAGGUCGUAAGAGCACUUAAACUUUAGACAUCAGUGCUACAAUUACAAUCAGAGUUAAAACCUUGUGGUAACGGGGAGAGGGGGAAAAAAAAAAGGCUCAUUUGAGGGAAACUAGUAUUCACGUUACUGGCUAUUUCUGAUGUCUUAAACCAGUUUUUCUAAUUCCAUAGAAAGUCAGUUCUUGAUUGAAUGAAUUACACUUAAGUUUUUAAUGGUGGUUUAAUGAACCACACGUGUUGAACUACCUUUUAGCAAAUUUUUUAAAAAUUAUUCUUCAACACUUAAACUAUCAGUGUUCUUAAAAAUACUGUUAACCAUUCACGUUUCCCUCAAGACAAACAGGAAAAUUAGUGUCAGCAAAUUAACUUAUUUUUAUUCAGAGAAUUGAGUAUCGAUGUACCAUAGAAUUUGAUUUAAUUAUAUUAACAAAAUUUACUUUUCAGAUAAAUAAGCCCAGCAUAGCCUUGAGGUUUGCGUACAGUAAAGUAAUUUAACAGAACAAAUCUGUAUGAUGUACUGUAAGUUAUCAAUGUUAAAUCGGCAGCCAUUUUUAAUCCAACACACCAAUAUUCAGAUAAUGAAGAGUCCUGGUAGGACAGCAGUACGUGAAAUACAGGAAUGUUAAUGCAGGCUAUAGAUUGGUGCUGGAGCUUUGCUGCAUCCACAAUAUUGAUAUUUAAUGGAAAUCAUUAUUUUAAUGAUAUUCCAGCUUGGCCAUGUUCUGUAGUCCAAGUUUAACUGGCUCGUGUAAUUCUGUUCAGAGGUUAAUACCUGAAUAAUAAUAUCAACUUUAGACAAGGAAAUAAAUUCCGAUUAUACUGCUGAGCUCCAGAUCCCAGUCCAACUGUUCUGACCUCACUCACUUUGUAGUUUGUAAACACUUCAGUUACUGUAACUACCAGUCUCCAAAUAAGACUGGCCUCAGAUGCCUAUAGGGUAUGUAAAUAGGUUUUUUAAAGUUUUAUUUUGUUGAAAGGACUGCUGUUUUAACGUGCUGGGUUGAAUACAGGAAUUGGGCUGGCUUUAGGGUUAAAGCCAUGCUGAUUUAUCACCUGGCUCUAAAUCACACGUACAGCUGAAAACAUACAUACAGGGUGUUUUCAAAAAAUUUGAUGAUAUCCGAGAUGUAAAUAUCCCAGAAACGGCGGUACAGUGGUGUAGUGGUUGGCACUGUCACCUCACAGCAAGAAGGUCCGGGUUCGAGCCCAGCCAGCGAGGGCCUUUCUGUGCGGAGUUUGCAUGUUCUCCCCGUGUCCGCGUGGGUUUCCUCCGGGUGCUCUGGUUUCCCCCACAGUCCAAAGACAUGCAGGUUAGGUUAACUGGUGACUCUAAAUUGACCGUAGGUGUGAAUGUGA